UAAAACAAACAAAACUUAAAGAACUCUCACUCCCCUCUUCCAACUCCCACCCAAAAUGUCCUCCCUCGCCCUCAAAGCCUUCGCUGGUCUCAGCCACCGCACCACGGCGGAGACCCACCACACCAUCUCUCUCCCCAAACCCAUCUCAACCCACAAGAGAUUCAUCGUGAAGGCGGGAAAAUUCAGCCCGAAAGUCACCGGCCGGAACCUCCGCGUCGCCGUCGUGGGCGGCGGGCCGGCCGGCGGCGCCGCCGCCGAGACCCUGGCCAAGGGCGGGAUAGAGACCGUUUUGAUAGAGCGCAAGAUGGACAACUGCAAGCCGUGCGGCGGGGCCAUACCCCUGUGCAUGGUGGGCGAGUUCGACCUGCCGCUGGACAUCAUCGACCGCCGCGUCACCAAGAUGAAAAUGAUUUCGCCGUCCAACGUGGCAGUCGAUAUCGGGCAGACGCUGAAGCCCCACGAGUACAUCGGAAUGGUCCGCCGUGAGGUCCUCGACGCCUACCUCCGCGACCGAGCCGCCGCGGCCGGGGCCAACGUCAUCAACGGGCUGUUUCUGAAGAUGGAUGUGCCCAAGAGUGCCGGGCCGGGUUCGGAUGCGCCUUAUGUGCUUCAUUAUACGGGGUACGACGCAAAGACCGGCGGCGCGGGAGAGCGGCGAACGUUGGAGGUUGAUGCCGUGAUUGGCGCCGAUGGGGCGAAUUCUCGUGUGGCAAAGUCGAUUGGCGCGGGGGAUUAUGAGUACGCGAUCGCGUUUCAGGAGAGGAUUAAGAUACCGAGCGAGAAGAUGGAGUACUACGAGAAUUUGGCAGAGAUGUAUGUAGGUGAUGACGUGUCGCCGGAUUUUUACGGUUGGGUUUUUCCAAAGUCGGAUCACGUGGCGGUGGGGACGGGGACUGUAACUCAUAAAGGGGAUAUUAAGAAGCUUCAGUUUGCUACUAGGCAUAGGGCGAGGGAUAAGAUUCUUGGUGGGAAGAUCAUUAGAGUUGAAGCUCAUCCGAUCCCGGAGCACCCCCGUCCGCGGCGGCUCUCCGGUAGAGUUGCGCUCGUUGGUGAUGCAGCUGGGUAUGUCACAAAGUGCUCUGGCGAGGGGAUCUACUUCGCGGCCAAGAGCGGGCGGAUGUGCGCUGAGGCAAUCGUGGAGGGUUCAGAGAAUGGGAAGAGGAUGGUGGAAGAAGAGGAUUUAAGGAAGUACUUAGAAAAAUGGGACAAGACCUACUGGCCAACGUACAAGGUGUUGGAUGUGCUUCAGAAGGUCUUUUACCGAUCGAACCCGGCGAGGGAGGCAUUUGUGGAGAUGUGCGCCGACGAGUAUGUGCAGAAGAUGACAUUUGAUAGUUACUUGUACAAGAAGGUGGUGCCAGGGAACCCGUUGGAUGAUUUGAAGUUGGCUGUGAAUACUAUUGGGAGCUUGGUUAGGGCUAAUGCUCUGAGGAGAGAGAUGGAGAAGAUUAGCGUAUGAAGGAAAAUAAGGGUAUUGUUGUUGUAAUCUCUGUACCUUGUUCUCUUUUAAGAAGCAAACUGAUGGAAUCCGAAUCAGUUGCGAAAUCUUUCCGCAUGCGGAAUUUUCUGGAUUUGGAAAUGAGGAGUCAUAAAAAUUGUAAUGGUGGUGGUAGGGGGUUAUAUAGGCGUGGAGUGGGAGUCCAUAUGGUUGUAUGCAGUUUUCAAUUAAUUCUGAAAAUUCUAAAUUUGUUGAUUUUCUAAA